AUGUACGACCAUUGCGUGAGCUUCGCCGUCCAGCUGGAUCCCAGGUCGGAGCCCGUUUUGCUUCUCGAGCUUGCCAUGUCAACAUCUUCACUCGUCAAGGAGAUGUCUUCCGGACUUGUCCGCAUUGCGCUCGAGUCCGAAAGGCAUCAUGGUUCCGGCCGUACGGGUAUCCACGGUAGGAAACUGUUUCAGGAGCCUUCUUGGACCAUGUAUUGCAACGGGAGGAAGUGCGGCUACGCAGUGUCUCGUACGUGCGGGGAGUCCGACUGGCACGUGUUGACUACUGUUCGGAGCGUGUCAGUUGGAGCAGGCGUGAUUCCAGUGGUGGAUGACGGGAAAAAGGGUAGCGCUUCAGAAGGCGAGUUGCUUUACAUGAGGGCUAGGUUUGAAAGAGUUGUGGGAAGCCGUGACUCGGAGGCCUUUUACAUGUUGAACCCAGAAGGCAAUGGAGGUCCUGAACUCAGUAUUUUCUUGCUUAGAAUAUGAAACAUCAAAA